AUGCCACCCCUUAUCCUCACUUCGGAGCUUGGGCUAUUCUUGCCCUACCCGUCCAGGCUGUGGAGGGCUGAAUCGGCAUGGCAGUGGCAGGAAGACAGACAAAACUAUCCUUCUGUCGAAAUCACCGUCCACGACGCCUUCUCCAGAGUUCUGACGACUUCGCCCCAGGGCUUGCCUCCGCACAUGUCGUCCCUCGGAAACUAUGUCCUCAUCCACGCAUUGCUCCAGCACAUUUACCUGCUAAAGCAAACUUCGUUUGCACUCAGCUCGCCGUUUGGACCACAGAGGGGAUUGAAGCCGGAGGAUGUGGAAGAGGUCACUGCUGCACUGAGGAUAUGGCAGGUGAGCUUCGAACACCGACACCAAUUGAGGGCGGCCGAUGCGGGGCAUGUGGGCAACAGCGACUCGUUCCCGGGUGGCCCGGUAGCGUUCAACUCUACCGCCCUCCUACGCUUGGCAUAUAUCCGUCUAUAUACCGAGAUUCCGCCCAGCCGAUCCCUCGAGACCAGGGAUCACAUGCUGGUUGCUUCGUCGCUGAGCAAUAUGCCCCUCCUUGUCCGUACGUUGAGGCUGCAUAGAGCCGUGUUCCAGGCCAUCCACGCUUUGUCCAUGUUGGUCAAGGCCGGCGUCAACUACGUUGCGAGGACUAAGAGCCUCGAAUGGAGCAUCCAACAUUCCUUAUGCAACUUCGAAUGUGCCAUUCUCUUAUCCAAAUGGCUCCUUACCCUCGCAUCGAUCGGACCGAAUGAUCCCCCUGCGACCCCCGAAGAAAAGAAUCUCCUACAAUCGGUGAGGAGAAUGCUGGACGAGACGGAAUUCGCUGUGCCCAUUGAUCCAUCUCUGGGCGGGCCUACCGCCGGUCAACCUGCCAACAACGAAGUUUCUGCGAACGACAGCACAAGGUUGAGACAGCUAGCUGCAGCGGUUAUCAGGCUCUGGGCAGAGACAUUCAAGGGCUCGCACAUUUUCGACAUGGUCAGGGUGAUGGGAUCAAGCCUGGAUGGGUAUGCUGAUUUGGUCGAGAAGCCCCGCGACAGAACACCCCUGGGUCGCAUUGCCCAUGACCCAAAUCUCGGCUGA